GCGAUGUGGACCCACCUCGCUGUGGCGGCUUCUCCGCGCCUUCCACAAGCCGUUCAGGCCAUCGACAACCGCAUCUCGGCCUGAGCCGACCGCAGAUGCCUCGCCCAUCGUCACGGUGCCCUCACAUACUGGAGACAGCAGAACAUCGGACGCACAGAAGGCGACAAAGGCGACGCCACCGCUCAGGAAAGAUGAUACGUCGAAUCUUGGCACGCUGCGUGCCCCCAACCAUCCCAAGUGGUACUACUGUCCAUGCCGCCAUGUUCAUUGUGUUCCAUCGACAGGCGCCACCAUACAUAUAUGAAACCGAGCGAGCGUGACAAGUCAUCAAGCUCAUUCCCCAGUCCAGGCGGAGAAGCUCAAGCAAAUACAAGAACCGGAAGAAUUUCCGCCGUCGAGGUAAAGAGGCACCGAAGCGACUGUAGAUCCACUUCAAGUCGAGGCAGUCAUGGACCUGUCAUAGUCUCCAUUAAUUACGACUUGAUGGACUUUCAUCGCCACGACAUCCGAGAACGUAGUUCAACUGCUAUAUAGAUACCUCGGCAGGCGGUUUGGAAUUCUUCCACGCGAUAUCACCGAGAGCAAUAUAUUCGACACUCCAUUCGACCAAAAGCUGCACGCUCGUCACUUUCGAGCUUCUUCUCCAUCUCAGUUCUGAUCUCUUCUGGGGCUGCAGCCGUUGCAUUCCACAUUCGAUCCAUUUUCCCUUGUACCAGCCCAACAUGAAGGCAUUCGCCUUUCUUGCUGGCCUGAUCAGCCUGGCCACAGGCCUUACCACACCUCCGUCCGGCGCUUUGGUUGUCAGCAAGACCCCCAAAAGUGGACAGUACGCCACUGUUCAGAAAGCCGUUGAUGCCUUGUCAACCACUUCGACCAAAGCGCAGGUCAUAUUCAUCCAGCCAGGGACCUACAACGAACAAGUGUAUAUCCAGAGCCUCAGCGGACCUCUGAGCGUGUACGGCUAUUCCUCGUCAGACAAAUCGUACACCGGGAACCAAGUCACAAUCACUGCUGGCGAGAGUCAACAGACACAGCCCAGUAACGACCUGACUGCCACACUCCGCGUGCACACCACCAAUUUCAAGCUCUACAACGUCAAUGUUGCCAACUCCUUCGGCCAAGGAAGCCAGGCUGUCGCUGUGUCCGCCAACAAUGGGGGUCAAGGAUACUACGGAGUGCGGCUCACUGGUUACCAAGACACGCUCCUCGCCAACGACGGUGCUCAGCUGUACGCAAAGAGUUACAUCGAUGGCGCUACUGAUUUUAUCUUCGGACAAAGGGGACAAGUAUGGUUCGAGAAGUGCGAUCUUCGAGUCAAAGCAGCUUCCCUAGGAUACAUUACCGCGUCUGGAAGAAGCUCUAACGAUGCUGGAUACUAUGUCAUCAACAAGAGCACCGUUGCAGCUGCUUCCGGAAACACUGUCCCCGCUGGUGCAUACUAUUUGGGUCGACCAUGGAGGAAUUAUGCCCGAGUGAUUUUCCAGAGCACCUCAAUGACCAAUGUGAUCAACCCAGCUGGGUGGAGAAUCUGGAACACUGGCGAUGAGCGUACCGAUCAAGUGACAUUCGGCGAAUACGCAAACACAGGCGCAGGCAGUCAAGGUACCAGAGCUAGCUUUUCCACGAAGCUUUCAAGCCCGGUCAGCAUCACCACGGUUCUCGGCAGUGGGUAUGCAUCCGCUGCCUGGGUUGACACUGCUUACCUCAACUAAGUCGAUAAAGCAUGAAGCUUGCAAGGCUAUUUACACGACUUUUCGAGCAACACAUCGCGAUGAGGAGCGUCAGAAGCUGGAUUUCUCGCAAAUCAAAAUUGAGCACAGCGGGAGACAGCCAGAUUCUGAGAACACCCUCAUUGAGCGCCACAAGCGACAGAGUAUACUCCAAACAAUCAACAUGCUUCUCUCAGCAGAAAACUCCUCCAUCUCUC